AUGAUUACCACCCCUACGUAUGCCUGUCGAUUCCGGCUAGAUCUUCAUUUCUCAAACUACUCCAUCUGCAUUUCAUCUACUCUUGAAACCAUCAACAUGACCACCGGCAAUGAACCCGGCAAUGAACCCGGCAAACUUGAAACAGUUCCUGGACAGUUCAAACCAGGCCCAAAUAAUGAAAAUGAAAAGGACACCAAACCACAUACCAACGAAGUACCCGCCGACUUCAUUGCAAAGUGGCUCGAAGAAACCGUCCCUAUCAUACUCCACCGUCUUGAGACAGACAUAAUAAAGUUUCUAUCUCCGGUGUAUCCCGACCUAGCUCAAACCGGAUUAUACAAUGCGGCAGCGGCGCAACCAGCCAGUUCUUCGUUUCUUAUCUGCCAAUUGAUCUGCUGCGGGGUGCCGUUCCUUGUACAAUUUUUAGGGAUGUUUGCGGUUUCUUUUGUUACGGGGUGUCUGCAGAUGGUUCUCUGGCUGUUGGUUCUGGUGCCGACUCUGUUUGUGGCUGGUUUGACGGGUUGUUUUAUUUGGGGAUUUGGAUGGUUUAUUUAUUGGCUUAUUCGGUGGAUUGAUGGUGAGGCUAGUUUGGAUAAUAUCAAAGUUUUUGCUAGGAGAGAAAGAAGAGGAUAUAAACCGGAGAGGGCGAAGACGGGAGAAGUGAAGCAGUAA